GGAACAUGACGCAGUGCGCUAUGAUUCUUCAUGCAGGGCCUGAAAUGACAGGAGACAAAUCAAGCAAUCAAGCUGAGGGAGGCAGGGGAGCUGAGAGCUAUAUCAAGGAGAGGUCCUGCUCCCAAUCUUCUCUUUUCACCAUUCUCAGCCAUUUACAUAAACAACCACUUCUGUCUUCCAUCACUCAACCAAGUUAUUACUAUAACAUCUCCAUCACAUAACAACCUACACCUACACAUCUACAAACAACAACAACAACACUCAAGAUGCUCUUCACACAAGUCGCCCUCAUCGCAGCCGCAACUCUCGUCGCCGGCAACGCAGCUCCCCAGCCCGAAAUCACCCAACCCGCCGUCCUCCCCCGCGACAUCAUCCCCGAUGACGUCAAGUCCUGGGCCGAAGGCAAAGCCUCCGCCGCCGGCCAGGACGUCGACGACUGGGUCAAGAGCCACUACUCCGAAGCCGAGCAAUGGGCCUCCGACAAGGGCGGCGACGCCAAGACCUGGGUUGAAGGUCAAGCUUCUGAGGCACGCGACAAGGGCUCUGAGAUCGCCUCCCGCGCCAGCACCGCUUUCGACGGCGUGAGCUCCCGGGUUCGCACCGCUAUUGAUGAGGCUAGUGCUAGUGCCUCUGCUGCUGCGAAUAACGACAAUGCUGCUGCUACUGUUGGCGGCGGUCAAGCUGGCGUUGUUGCUUUGAUGGCUGCUGUUGGUGCUGCUGUCUUCGCCUUCAUGGCUUAAACGCUUCUUAGCCUGAACGACUUGUUUUACUUGCGACACCUUGAUACCUUAUGCGGCAUGGACUUCAAAUUGCAUCGGAGUUUACGGAACACUGGAGCAUAGAGAACGGCAACAUUUAGAAUGUGUGGUCGGGAAUGGCUCGGUUAGGGAAUGGGAAUGGAUUGACGCUGAAUCAUGAGAGCGGCAAAGACAUACUUAGAAACAAUUCAACGCUUACGAACCUUCAA